AUGCCAUCUUCGUCGAAAGAGAUCGACCGCGACCCUCUUGGGGAAGACUCAAGCGAGGCCAUCCACCAGCUACCCAGGAUUGGGGACUCGGAUAUUAACGACAACGCCAACAAAUUGUCCGAGAAGUACAUCGAGCCAACUGUCAGCGUCAACGAAGUCAACGACAAGGGUUACGAACCGAACAUCGAACAGGAAGAGGUGAUCGUCGUAGAAAACGCUGAUCAGCUGGUCUCGCAUGUCGUAGACCCUCGAGACGAUCCCGAUCUUCCUGUUUUGCCCUUCCGAUUUUGGUUCCUUGGUGCCGGUCUUGCUUGCUUUGGUGCUGUCCUUGCGGAGAUCUACUAUUUCAAACCUCAAAAUGCGUCGGUGUCAGCUCUGUUCCAGCUCAUUAUUGCAUAUGUUCUCGGCAAUCUUAUGGCUGCGGUCAUCCCUUCCAAAGGGAAAUGGCGAUACCUCAACCCCGGCCCUUUCAACAUCAAGGAGCAUGCCGCUAUCGUCAUCUUUUCAUCGACUGCCUCGGUCUCGACCGCUGAAGCGGUCACCAUCGUGGCGAUUCUCAACUUGUACUACAACAUUGAGAUAAACCCCGGUGUCGCUAUCAUUCAGACCUGGGCUACCCAGUGUGUCGGAUAUGCGGUCUGUGGUGUUCUUCAAUCCUCUCUCAUCUACCCAACCUACGCUGUAUGGCCAGAGACCUUGCCUUACAUGUCUCUUCUGCAGUCCAUGCACUUCGGAGGCAUGUUGAACAAGAAGCGAAUGAAGUUCUUCUGGAUCGUCUUCAUCGCCAUCUUCUGCUGGGAGAUUGUUCCCUCAUGGAUGUUCCCUCUUCUCACUGCUGUCUCAAUCAUUUGCUUGGCAGACAACGGUCGACACACUGUGGUGCGACAGCUGUUCGGAGCCGGUUCCUCCAACGAGGGUCUUGGUCUCUUCUCCUUCAGUUUUGACUGGAUUCUUAUCACCCAGGCGUAUCCUUUAUGUUUAGUGUGGCCGUUCAACUCUCAGUGGAAUUCCUGGAUAGGUCUGCUCAUUUGUUACGCUUUGAUGAUGGGAGGAUACUACAGCAAUGUUGGUGAAGGCCGCACCAACGGCUUGCCUUUUAUGAGUACUUCGAUUUUUACCUCCAACGGAAUCCCACCUAGAGUCGUGUUCAUCGCUCAAUUCUGCGGAACCUUCCUCGGCGCCACCCUCAAUUAUUGUAUCUACAGGUCGAUCAUGUCUGCUCAUCGUGAGAUCUUGAAAGACCCAGUCGGUAGUCGGAUCUGGUCCGGUUGGAAUCUGCAGGGCACCAAUUCCAAGGCUAUCACCUUCGGUGCUCUCGGAAAGCAGAUGUACACUGGCAAUGGACCAUAUUGGUUCAUUCCCGCUUGUUUGGGUAUUGGCUUGGUACUUCCGAUUCCCUUCUGGCUCAUGUACAGGCGAUUCCCUAAGCAGAGUAUUUGGAGGGAUCUCAACACUCCCAUCAUUACCAACUACAUGGGCUGGCUCCCAUACUCUGUCAAUGGUAUGUGGUGGUCUGGUGCCCUGAUCGGCUUCAUGUCCCAAUGGUGGGCUAGGAAGUACCGACCUAGAUGGUUCGUCAAGUACAAUUGUUUGCUCAGUGCGAGUCUCGACGGUGGUACUCAGGUCAUCUACUUCAUCCUCAACUUCGCCCUCUUCGGCGCAGCAGGAGCGGCGAAAGACUUCCCAUACUGGUGGGGUAAUCCCGAUCCCUCCGAGCUGAGUGUUGACAGGUGUCAAGCUGUCUGA